AUGGCUGGCUGCACAGAUAUUACUUGUACCUACGCACCCUCUACUAUUGACCACCGCGUCGGCCCGCCGAACGUUGGCGAACUAGGCAGAGCUACCUGGCAAAUUCUUUUCAGCUCCGUCGAUUUAUUAGAAAAUCACCGUCUCAACAAACUGGAUUACGCCCAAUGGCUGAAAGGCAUGCUUGCCGCCUACCCCUGCCGGUUUUGCCGUCUGCACUUGAAGCCGGAAGAAAUACUCAACAAUCAAACACCCGAAUAUUACAGGCGCUACCUGGAAACCGUCCAUGAACAGUCCAAAUCCCCCCAAAACCGCGCCCCAAGUCGGUAA